AUGCAUAUUGCAAGGCUUUGGAAGAGGCUGAGAGUGCCGGCAAGUGUUCGAGAUGGCUACUCGCAUUUACAACAUGGAUUGAUCAGGAAAGCUAGUCCAAUUCAUCAAUGUGUUCGACACAUAUCCAUUGAUGCCUGCAGAUGGAAUCCAGAAGAUAGACGAGGACAAAUUGACUUGCCAACUCCAAUUGAUCCAGAAGUUCAAUAUGUUAAUGUUCAAACUAAGAAUUUAGGUGUAACAAGUGUGGACUAUAUUAAAGCUAGCUAUACCGAUGAAAAUCCUACUGGAUCAGCUAUUGCUAUUGCUGUCCACGGUUCACCAGGAAGCCAUUAUGAUUUUCGUUAUAUGGCGCCUCUCUUAUCAGAGGCUGGUGUUAGAGUGAUCCGAAUUAAUUUACCAGGUUUUGGACCCACUAUCAAACCUCCUGAUUUCAUAUAUUCGCCAGUGAAUAAAGCAAAUUUCAUGGCCGAGCUUUUAGAAAGCAUUGGAAUUAAAAAGGUUGAUAUAGCUAUAGGACAUAGCAUGGGUUGUGGUGCUAUUACCUCAUUUCCCUCUACGCAUCCCGGAUUCGUUUCAUCGUAUGCUCUCUUAGCCAGCUGUGGUACCAGGCCACAUCGAUCUUUACGUCCUUUUCCAAUAAUAAAACUGUUUGCGAAUAUGGUAAACUUACCGGUGAUUGAUAAACCGUCUGGUGCUUUAUUAAGAUUAGUGUAUAUUAAAAAUGAGAUCGAAAAUAGCCAACGACUAUGUGGGGCAAUGGAUUUUGACUUUAACGCCAAAAAUCUAAAAUUACUUGGUGAUCAGAAAACACCGGUCAUUUUAGGAUUUGGGCUUAAUGAUCAUAUGGUAGAACAUGCAAUUUUUGACGAAAUGUCUUCCGUUCUUGGUUUAAGAACACUUUCCGAGAUGUUGGCUCUUACUAACGACCAAGGUAAUGAGAACCCGCAUUUGGCGUACGAUGUAGCAACUGGCAAGUCUCGACAGUUGGUAUUUCGUAGCAGUGGUCACUAUAUUCAAAAAUUUCAUGCACGUCAUAUCGCAAAAGCAAUCUUACAUCUUCUGCAUGAUUUGUAA